AUGGCUUACACAUUGUUAAGUUUAGACGAUUUUUCGGGCAUGAAAAUCACGUCCGACAUGACUAGUAUGGAUUAUUUACUUGCUGUUGCUGAAGUCUCUUACUUAAAAUCCAUGUAUGGUGAAGAAGACAACUUAAUCGCGGAGCAAGAUGAAGAAUUUGGUAUGAAGAAAGAAGAAAGGAUCACUCAGAAUAUUCGAUCUAUCGUGUCAUCAUACCCACAUGUUCUUGAUCAAGAAAAGCCACUUCUUGAUUUUGACGUCCCAAGGGGAAAACGAUCAAGGCCAAACGCGCGUCCAAGAGAAGUUAAGGCUCCGGAGAAUAAUCUUGAAGAAGAAAAUAGACUAGUACAAGUUGAUAAUGUAGCAGACUGGUGUGCUAGACUUGUAAGACCAACUGGUGUCAUACUCGAAAAGGCAGCUAAUAAUAGGGAAAACAGAGGAAUCAGAAUCAAUUACAGAGGAGAAAGUAGUAGUAAUUCUGCACCAUUGCCCGUUAAUGGAAAAAGAUCACGAGAAGAAGCAAACGAUAAUUUUAGACCUGUUGCUAGAGUUUUUGCCGUGCCCCCUCCUGUUGUUAUCAUCAACACAGAAUUGAGUAUCGAAUUCAAGAAUCUGAUUACAUUCUAUGGGGGUUCACUUGAAUCAGCUAAAUUGGUCAUUGAAAAAACACUAUUCGAGACGGAUGUUAAACCAGCAGAGGGAAGAUUUUCAAUCCCACAAAAACAGAUACUUAAUCAGUUUCUAACGCCUGAAGAAGAACAACUUUUGAAUGAGCGCAAUGGGGCUAAUAAAAUGCGUGAGAUGAUGAAUGUGAUGUUGAUUGAGCCUUUGCAUAGAAAAGGUGAAAUAAAUCUGAGAAAAUGGACAAUGAACAAAAACAAUGGGAAAGCAAGUUGUAGUUAUGUGUUGGUUAAACACUGGAAUGAUGUCGUAACAAGGAAUGGUUUGAGCCAUGGUAUGAAGAUGCAAUUGUGGGCAUUCCGAAAGGGUGAAACCUUGUGUUUUGCCCUCGUUAAUGUUUCAUGUUAUUAG